AUGGCUGCAAGACCCCCAAACCAGAACAUCAGCUCCUCCCCGGGACUGCGGAUGCAAGACCCUCAAACCGGAAAAUCAGCUCCUCCCCGGGUCUGCGGCUGCACGACCUUCAAACCAGAACAUCAGCUCCUCCCAAGACCCUCAAACCAGAACAUCAGCUCCUCCCCGGGUAUGCAGCUGCAAGACCCUGAAACCGGAACAUCAGCUCCUCCCCAGGUCCAUGGCUGCAGGACCGUGCAACUGGAACAUCAGCUCCUUCACGGGUCUGUAAGACCCUCAAACCCGAAUAUCAGCUCCUCCCUGGUCUGCAGCUGCGAGACCCUCAAAGCAGAACAUCAGCUCCUCCCCAGGUCUGCAGCUGCAAGACCCCCAAUCCGGAACAUCAGCUCCUCCCCGGGUCUGCGGCUGCAAGACCCUCAAACCGGAACAUCAGCUCCUCCCCGGGUCCGCAGAUGCAAGACCCUCAAACCGGAAUAUCAGCUCCUCCAGCGGUGCGCGGCUGCACCAUCCUCAAACCGGAACAUGAGCUCCUCCCAGGAUCAGCGGCUGCACGACCCACAAACAGGAACAUCAGCUCCUCCUCGGGUCCAUGGCUGCACCACCCUCAAACCGGAACAUCAGCUCCUCCCCGGGUCUGCGGCUGCAAGACCCCCAAACCGGAACAUCAGCUCCUCCGCGGGUCUGCGGCUGCAAGACCCCAAAAGCGGAACAUCAGCUGCUCCCCAGGUCUGUCGCUGCAAGACCCCCAAACCGGAACAUCAGCUCCUCCCUGGGUCUGCAGCUGCAAUACUCCCAAACGGGAACAUCAGCUCCUUCCCAGGUCUGCAGCUUCAAGACCCCCAAACGGGAACAUUAGCUCCUCCCCGGGUCCGCGGCUGCACGACCCACAAACCGGAACAUCACUGCCUCCCCGGGUCUGCCACUGCACGACCCUCAAACCGGAACAUCAGCUCCUCCCUGGGUCUCUUCUCCCCGGGUCCGCGGUUGCGGGACCCUCAAACCGGAACAACGGCUCCUCCCCGGAUCUGCGGCUGCAAGACCCCCAACCAGAACAUCAGCUCCUCUGCGGGUCUGCAGCUGCAAGACCCCAAAAGCAGAACAUCAGCUGCUCCCCAGGUCUGUCGCUGCAAGACCCCCAAACCGGAACAUCAGCUCCUCCCCGGGUCUGCGGCUGCAAUACUCCCAAACGGGAACAUCAGCUCCUUCCCAGGUCUGCGGCUUCAAGACCCCCAAACGGGAACAUUAGCUCCUCUCCGGAACAUCGGCUCCUCCCCGGGUCUGCGGCUGCAAAACCCUCAAACAGGAACAUCCGCGCCUCCACAGGUCUGCGGCUGCAAGACCCUAAAACCGGAACAUCAGCUCCUCCCCGAGUCUGUGGCUGCAAGACCCUUAAACUGGAACAUCAGCUCCUCCCGGGGUCUGCGGCUGCAAGACGCCCAAAUCAGAACAUCAGCUCCUUCCCGGGUCGCAGCUGCAAGACCCUCAAACAGGAACAUCAGCUCCUCCACGGCUCCGCGGCUGCAAUACUCUGAAACCGGAACAUCAGCUUCUCCCCGGGUCUUCGGCUGCAAGACCCCCAAACUAGAACAUCGGCUCCUCUCCACGUCUGCAGCUGCAACAUCCUCAAACUGGAACAUCAGCUCCUCACCAGGUCUCCAGCUACACGGCCCUCAAUCUACAACAUCAAUGCCUCUCCGGGUCUGCAGCUGCAGGGACCUCACGGUAGAACAUCAGCUACUCCCCGAGCUAGAACACCUCUCCCACCUGGAUCUCCAGCUCCACGACACUCACACAACAGCCACACUGGCUCCUUCAUUGUCUUCAGCUCCUCAACCUAAGACAUCAGCGGCAGCACCGGCUCCUCCCUGGACGUCCAGCUCAAUGACUCUCAGACUUAAAAGGCAGCACCUGUUGCUCCCCAAGGCCCCAUCUCCACCACCCUCAGAUUUGAACAGCGGUAGCACCAGCUCCUCUCCAGGUCUUCAGCCCCACGACCCUCCCGGAACAAUCCCUUCUCAUGAAAUUCAGCAGUCAACAAAACUGCAGCUGAAGUAA